ACGCGUUAGCCUUUCUCCAGAAAUCGGAGGCUUGAUAAAUUAUUCACAAAGGAUUGCCACUCGGCUAGAGGUUGGCGAGAGCAAAUAACGUAGGCCAUCGGAAGGCCACCCGUCAUAAUUAAUGGUUUAAUUUUCCAAAGAAGGCAUAAUUUGCCUUUUUACGCGAAUUUCAAAACGGCUACCUGAAGAAAAUUGGGGCAAACCCACUCACGUAGCAAUGAGUGGGUAUCUGGGCGAUCUCUCUGCCUCUCAACAGAAGUGCCUUGAGGAAUUUAAAGGAAUGUUAACAACAGAGGCAAUAACUGAUGAGGCAACUAUGCUGAGAUUUUUACGGGCACGCAGUUUUGACACAAAGGCUGCCUACAACCAAUAUAUUCAGACAAGGGAAUGGCGUAUGAACAAUGAUAUAGAUCAUAUCCUUGAACGAGAUAGACCAUUAGAUGAAGAAAUGAAAAAGAUCGUAUCCUGCAGUUUUCACAAAUACGAUAAACUCGGACGCCCCUGUUAUAUUGAACACACAGGAAGAACUGACACCACUGCCCUGAUGAAGCUUCCUCAAGACCAAUUUAUAGGAUGGCACAUUUGGAACAAUGAAAGACAAAUUCAAAGAAUGAUGGAACUUUCCUCAAAAUUUGGACAACCAAUAGAAACAAUGGUUCAUAUUCAUGAUAUGGCCGGAGCAAGUAUGUUUCUAAGGAAAACCUUGAAUUUCUUCAAAAGAAUAGCAAAACUUGAUCAAGAUUACUACCCUGAAAGAAUGGGAAAGCUAGAAGUUAAAGACAAUCCACAACUUAUAGAGCAGACAGUAGGACCCAAGAAAUCUUUUACUUACAAGGUAAACUGUGACAACAAGAAAGGUGACACGUCUAUAGCGUGGUAUUUUAAAGCUACAAGUAAAGAUAUUCAAUUUGGACUUAAAUUCAAGGCCAAGCCUCAUUCAGGAUGGAAAGACAAUGAAAAUGAAAUUGAAGAAAUCUGGGUGGAGGAACUGGAGCCAAUUUCAGAAUGUGAUACAUCAGUGACUGGUUUCUACACUCCGCCUUGUCCUGGUAUCUGCACCUUGGUAUGGGACAAUUCAAACUGCAAGUGGCUCUCAAGAACAAUCAAGUACCACGUCAUGGUCAGCGAGGUAGAUUCUGAUGAAGAAAUUUCAACCAAUGGCAACAAAGAAAAUUCCUAAACAGCAAGUAUUGUUAAAGGUGUCUUCUAGAAUACUAUAUUCAUUCACGCAGAUGAGGAGCUGGAGAUGUCCAUGGUGUGAUAGUGGGUGAGGGUAAAGGCAGAAUCAAUCAUUGCUUAAUAGCAUCUCAAACAAGUACUUUGGUGUAAACAUACUACUCUUUGAAAAUAUAACAAGACAGGCUCUUGUUUUAUCUUACUGUUAGCCAGUACUCACUUUACUCAGUAUCUAUCAUAGAAUAGAUACUGAGUUUUGUAGCCAAUCAGAUUGCAGCAUUUUAGAUAGAUAGUGAGUUGUAUAGCCAAUUAGAUUGCAGCAUUUUAAAGAGACUAUCAUUAAGAAGAUCUGUACCAUUUACUCAUAAGUGAAAGAGUCAGUAAGGAAGUAGACAAUUUUUUCGAUAACAUGCCAGGCUAAUAGUCUUUCAGUAUGCUGCUGUUCUGUAUUGCAUGAAGUUUGUUUGAUUUUUUUUUUUUAAUUUUAAUGUUGAGCACCUGGUUUUGAGAUAACUUAUGAUGCAUAAGGAUUGAAGAUUGAUGAGUUCUUAAACCCUCUAGAAUACCUUCCACGGGAAUUUGUAAGGGAAUCUUUGUGGCAGUUAUCUUAUAUUGAGACUAUACACCUCAAAAUUGGUAGAAAGAGUUGAUCUUAUUCCCGCUAUUGAUCUUAUUGAUUGUAAAAUUUUUUUCAUUUUGAGUAUUGAAGUGUUUGAUAUAUAACAUAACGGAAGCUGAAUUAUGCGAGCAUUUUGAUUG